UCGUAGGUGUCCCGUCUAUCGCGCCAACAUGUUUCAUCUGCGGAGCCUCACGCGGUCGACGUCGAUCGCCCUGAAGCAGGCGCCGUGCGGCGACGUUCAGGGCGUACUGGCGCGGGCCACGCCGGCCGCCUGGCAGGCGGCGGCGGCGUGCCGCGGCUACGCCGACCACCAGAUCCCGGAGCGCCUCAAGGACGUGCCCGAGGCGCCGAAUCCACGCUUCUUCGACAUGGUCGAGUACUUCUUCCACCGCGCCUGCCAGGUCAUCGAGGACAAGCUGGUCGAGGACGUCGGCAAGCGGUCGCGCGUCACCGUCGAGGAGCGCAAGAAGAAGGUCAAGGGUAUCAUGAUGAUGAUGGAGCCCUGCGACCACAUACUCGAGACCACGUUCCCGCUCAGGCGCGACUCCGGCGACUACGAGAUGAUCACCGGCUAUCGCGCCCAGCACUCCGCUCAUCGCACGCCGUGCAAAGGAGGUAUCCGUUUCUCGAUGGAUGUUUCACGGGAUGAAGUUAAGGCCCUGUCGGCCUUGAUGACAUUCAAAUGUGCGUGCGUCGACGUGCCGUUCGGUGGCGCAAAAGCUGGGAUCAAGAUCAAUCCAAAGAACUAUUCGGAACACGAACUGGAGAAAAUUACCAGAAGAUUCACAUUGGAGUUGGCAAAGAAAGGAUUCAUCGGACCUGGAGUUGAUGUUCCGGCUCCGGAUAUGGGUACUGGUGAGCGGGAAAUGUCUUGGAUAGCCGACACUUAUGCAAAAACUAUCGGCCAUCUUGAUAUUAACGCUCAUGCUUGCGUUACUGGCAAACCCAUCAAUCAAGGUGGCAUCCAUGGUCGCAUUUCCGCAACAGGACGUGGAGUGUUCCAUGGAUUAGAAAAUUUCAUCAACGAAGCCAAUUACAUGAGCACGAUUGGUACUACGCCCGGUUGGGGAGGCAAAACAUUUAUUCUCCAAGGUUUCGGUAAUGUCGGUCUGCACUCCAUGCGUUAUUUACACCGCGCAGGUGCCGCGUGCAUAGGUGUGAUCGAACACGAUGGAUCGAUUUAUAAUUCAGAGGGUAUCGACCCAAAGGAAUUGGAAGAAUACCGUAUAGAAAAUGGUACUAUCGUUGGCUUCCCUGGGGCCAAGCCAUACGAAGGUGAAAAUCUCAUGUAUGAACCAUGUGAUAUAUUUAUACCUGCUGCCGUAGAGAAAGUGAUUAACAAAGACAAUGCUGGACGUAUCCAGGCAAAGAUUAUCGCGGAGGCUGCUAAUGGACCGACCACCCCUGCCGCAGAUAAGAUUCUGAUCGAAAGAAAUAUCCUUGUAAUCCCGGAUUUGUACAUUAACGCCGGUGGUGUCACAGUCUCGUUCUUUGAGUGGUUAAAGAACCUGAAUCACGUGUCAUAUGGUCGUCUUACUUUUAAAUACGAAAGGGAAUCUAAUUAUCAUCUCUUAGAAUCGGUGCAAGAGUCUCUAGAGCGUAGGUUCGGUCGCGUUGGCGGCCGUAUUCCCGUUACACCAUCCGAAGCCUUCCAGAAACGUAUAUCUGGCGCUUCCGAAAAAGACAUUGUCCACUCCGGUUUGGAUUAUACGAUGGAGAGAUCCGCUAGGGCCAUUAUGAAGACUGCCAUAAAAUUCAAUCUUGGACUCGACUUGAGGACAGCCGCUUACGCCAACUCGAUCGAGAAGAUAUUCACUACCUACUCGGAAGCUGGUCUCGCUUUUUAAACAUUUUAGUCACUAGAUUGUACGCAGCGAAUAUCGUAACCAACGAUAAAGACAAAGUCAGCUUUUAUCGCGUAAGCCGCAAGAAGCGAUCUGGCUUAUCACCCAAAAGAUAUUAAUGAACAGUUGGCAAUUGUGUCAAGUCGUAAGGGGUAAAGUAUCUGAAACUUGCGACGGGAGUGUAAUUCCAUGCGGAAUUAUUACUUGUUACAUCACGCAUCGUGACGAUUUGCCUAAUUGCAUGUAUAGUCGCACAGAUCAGAUAUUAUGCCACCAUUAAGUAACAGUACGAAAUAACAUUCGAGGGAAUGUCGAUACUUUGGUCAGGUCCAAUGCAUUUUUAUAUUUCACUUUUUACGUAUAAGAUACGUAUAAGAUACGAAGAGGAACGUUAUAAAAAGCUGCCGUCGAGAUAAAUCGCUAUUUCUAACUAGCGGAUUUAUAAUUUGUUAAUGUGCCAUUUUAACGAUAUUACUGAAUUUCUGGAUAUUGCACUCGCAUAAGGAAGGUAUUUAUGAUUUUACCUUAUGACAAGAUUGACUCUUGUAAAGCAGAGAGAACGAGAAGAAUGAUAUUUCUGGCCAGGUAUGUGAUGUUACGUGCAGUUGUUACAUAUGCGAUAUUCUAUGAAUAAAGAUACUCAAUUCUGAAAGUAAACUGUCUUUCAUACACAUGCGCAGAUGCGUGGUUUGUAGUUGGGUUUGAUACGUUGUGUAUGUAUUAACGGAUGCUACCGUUACCGAGUAUGUAGUACUGUCGAUCACACCAAGUAUGAAAAUAAGAAAGCCGAUAGAUUAUGACUAACA